UCUCAGUUUUUACCUUCCAGUAGCUCAUUCAAUUAUCUCUGUCUUAUCGGUGUUAGCAGUAAUUGUAGAUUAUAUCUAUACAUAGAAAAAUAAAACUUGUCUGGUACUCCUUUGCAGUACAAUGGAGGAAGUUAAGAGAUCUUAACCUGCUUUAGAAAUCAGCAAAACACUGAAGAUUUCCUGUCUUCACUCAGUUUUUUUUACCCUUCUCAAGAAAACUAAUUCUUUGUGUAAAAUUAUGGAAGAAAAGCUGGAUGAGAAGUGCUGCUAUGUAAUGAGUGAUAUUCUGAAUUAAACACAAUCAAACCUGCUGGUCACAGAUGUUUGAAAUCCCCCAAUCUCAGUGGUUCAUAUCCCCUAAAUAAAAGAAGUCAUAAAGAUGGAGAGAAUGAAACAAGGAUCCUUUCUGUUUCAUCUUCUUCUUCUUCUUCAUUUUCUACAAAUCUACAGCGCUACAGGUGAUAGCUGCCCCAGCCUUCCAAUUAAAAACCUCACUUGUUACAAUGACUAUAAUCAUACCAUUACCUGCGUGUGGAACAGCUCAACGGUCUAUGAUCAAACACAUGAUGAUGUGUGCACACUGAAUAAAGAAAUGGAACGUUCCAAUUCCUACAAAGCUUCCUGUGACUUAAAGCCGUUUGAUGUCUCAAUACCAGCCUUAAGAAGAUGCUCGCUGGUCUUCCCACCUUCAUAUGUUUUUUUUUCCUACAGUCAGUUAUCUAUUAAUGUGGGCUGCGACUCUUCGAAACAUUAUGAAGACAUUUCCUACAAGCCAAGUUGUCACAUAAAGCUGAAUCCACCAGGAAAACCUAAUGUGAACCAGACAACUGUGACCUGGGUAGCCCAAACUCAGAAACAUGUCAUUGAUCAUUUCAACUCUCAGCUACAGUGGAAAAAAAUUAAUAUGUUGUGGAAUGAUUCCUCUGUUAAGACUAAAGAAAUUAAAUGUGAAUUGCCAUGUGAGGCAAAACUGGAUCCCAGUUUGCUUAUAAAAGAUGAGACUUAUGAAGCGCGUGUUCGUGUGGAGGCUUCAGAAUCGUAUAGUAAGGGAACCUGGAGUGAUUGGAGCCCCACGGUGUCCUGGGUGUCACAAGUGGGAAUGGAGAAUCCAACAUCAGAGUGGGAUGUGGCUCAAGGUGCUUUUACCCUGGUAGCAUUGGGUCUUUUGCUCACUGGCAUAGUCAUCUUUAUCCGCAAAAAAAAACUAAUCUAUGUGGUGAAGAGUUUCAAAGGUGAACCGUUACCAGAUCCUAGGAAAUCUGACAUUUUUCAGAAUUGGUUUAAUCUGAAAUCUAAAAGUCAAGAAGUUUCCUUUACGUCAAGCUCUGAGAACCCUGCAGCCCAAACUUGGUUAAGUUCUCACUUUACUGGUGAAUACGUUCAAUCUUUCUUGAGCUCGGUGGAAAUCGUCUCUCAUGAAGUAACCUCCACUGUGGAUGCCAUGAUGUUCUGCAAGGCAGAUGUAAAGAUGAUGCCAGAAAGCAACACAUUUGAUUCCAGCAGCUCCAGCUUUUCCAACCCCAGUUACUCCAAGCUUUACCCUUGUGUGCCAAAUGAAAAUCCAAAGUCCUGUGCAGGUGAUGGCCCUUACAAGCCUGUUCAGGGUCAAUGUGACGACAAGAAAACUGAACAGGAUAAGGAAUUUUUGGCAAAAAAAGAUCUGGAAAUGGUCAAGUUGCUUUUUAUGAGAGCUAAUGAAACGGAUUCAGUGGUGGUCUCAGACUAUGAGAAGGUUGGAAAGCAACAGGCUGAGCGCCUCAGGCUCCACAGUGUAGAUUCAGGCAUGUGCAGUUGUGAAGAAGUCAGUCAGGAAAGCAUGGAGGCAGACUGCAUCAAUAUGACUGAAGGACCAGAUGAGGGAACAACCCACAUGGAGGAAAAAGAGGAGGAAGGCAGGGUAGGAAAUAAGACAAAAUUAGAUUUUAAGACAUUGUUUGGAGGCAGUGGGAACAUUUUGGCCAAAAACUCCAUUUGUUCCGAUUACAAACAAAUCCCCAAGCUCUGGUCAGAAGUUAGCAUGAUAGCUGAGGAAAAUGAGAGACAGAAAGACAGCACAGAGAAGGAUGAUAAGCCUUCUGAAACAACUUGCUUUCUUUUCCCUCCUCCUCUUCUCAGUGCCCUCCCACAGCAGCCAUUAAACAAUGAUGGGUCAACUUUAAGCUCAUUUUUACCACCUCUUCACGGUAAUGACAUACUUAAGCAGAUGGCUCUUUCAGGAAGUGCAUUGAAGCAGUCCUGUGCUGAUGGCUACAUGCCAGUGGGCAGAAAAAGAGCUGAUGAUUGACCUCAGUACAGUCAGACAUAAAAUAUCAUUUUUCUCAGUAUUUAACCAGUACCUAUUGUCUAAAUGGAUGGUUAGCUUCAAACAAUGUAAUUUCAUUAAACUGAACUUUUUGUACUGGUUAAUUUAUAAGUAUAUAUUAAAUAUGAGAAACAACCAAAUAUAUGAAUGUAUAUAAAAAAAUGCACUUUUGGUUAGCUGGUUAAAACAGCUGAAGCUCAUUGUGAAUGAAAACUCAUUCUGCUUCUUCCAUCCACUUUUCAAACUGGAUUGAGUUCGUUUAUUUUUUUUAUUUUUAUUUUUUGUGCAUAUCGUGAGCAGGUUUGAAAGGAAUACACUGGAAUGAAAUUAAAUAGAACAGCUAUUCUAACCCUUGUUGAACCUUUUUGGUUCAAGUUGUCAUCACAGCAGCAAGAAAAUGUAAACUAUUUAAAGACACUGUAUAUCGUUUUUUUGUUUGUUUUCUUUCCCAACAAAGCCCAUUUCUAUAGCUUUCAUACAAACAGUAUUGUUACCUUUUAAGAUUAUUAUCUUCUUUACAGUCAAUAUAAAUGCAAUGCAUUUCUGUCUUAUAGGACAUGAUGAGAGAAAAGACUAACUAAAAAAUCCUAAAAAAUGGAUCAGCACCUGAAUACAUAACAGAUAAGUUUUCAGUGUAUAACCCUCCAAGACCAAUCAGGUCUUCUAGUUCCAGUCUACUCUGUACACCCAGAACUAGAAACACACAUGGAGAAGCAGCCUUUAGUUUCUAUUUUGACGUAUCUGGAGUAAACUCCCAGAAGACUGUAAAAUGCUGAAAUCCUGAGUUCUUUUAAAUGAAAGUUAAAAACCCAUUUGUUUAGAACUGCCUUUGUCUGUUGUAGUUGGACUGUUAACUUAGGUAUUGUUAGUUAAAGGUUGCGAUCCAGCUGUUUUAUAUCCUUAUGUACCUCCUUUUAUCAUGUUUCUUUACUUGCUUUUAUUCUGCUUUUUGUUUUACAAAUGUUUUUUGCUUUUACCCUGCUUUUAUUUCUCUUCUAUUUUAUUAUCUAAUUCAUGUAAAGUACUUUGAAUUGUUCAUUUAGUACUUAAUUGUGAUAUACAAAUAAACAUCCCUUGCCUAA